CCAACACACACACACACACACACACACACACAGACACACACACACACACAGCUGGAAAAACGGGACAAUACAAAUCGAGCUUUAGUAUUCUGAAUACAUUUCACUUCAGUAUUCUGAAUACAUUUCACUUUAGUAUUUUGAAUACAUUCCUCUUUAGUAUUCUGAAUACAUUUAGCUGCUAACAUGUCUACUUUUAGCGAGGAGGAUUUUUAAUGCAGGACAUUUUUGUGUAUUUUUACCUUGAUGUGCUGGUACUUUUACUCAAGAGAAGGACCGGUGUCCCAUGCGCUUGUAAAGAAGAUGAAGCGUGCCCGACAGUUAACAAAGGGAUAAAUAAGUGGAAAGGUGGCCUACGGUCAGUGAAGUGCAGAUCUCCAGGUGUCUGCAAAGACGACUGCUAACGUGUGCUUUAAAAACAACCGAUACAAUUGGCUAACUAAACACCGUUGGGCUGUGAGGCGGUGUAGCCUACAGCACGCUUUAUUCAAAACAAGCGGCGAUAAAUGCUAAGUCAGUCGUCUGCUCCCUUAGCAGCAGUGAGGUACGCAGUUUGCAAUGUACUUGUAGUUCCAUUAGCUGUUAGCUAUUAGCUGUUAGCUCUUAGCUGUUAAGUAUUAGCUGUUAACGAUUAGCUGUCAGCUGUUAUCUGUUAUCCAUUAGCUGUUAUCAAUUAGCUAUUAGCUGUUAACCAUUAACUGUUAGCCGUUAGCUGUUAGCCAAUCAAACCGUAAACUGUUAAAAGCUGCUGGAGGUUGAUAACAUGAAUCAGUUCAUAAGACACGUGGUCGUGUGUGAUUUCACUUCCUGACUGUGUGAACCACAACUUCUUGUCACGACAAAUUUCCCCUUGGGGAUUAAUAAAGUAUAUAUCUAUCUUCUUAUUUUGCUGUUCCAUAAUUAGCUUUAGAUCAGAAAACAAUAAAGAGACCAAAAUGUUCAAAAUACUAGAACGAAUCUUCUGAGCGCACGUUGAAGACUCUUAAACCAUUCAUAUGUGAAAGCACAAGAUAAGGACACCCAUGGGCGUUGUGCUUACAGCGGUGGUUAGAUGACACAAGCUGGAGGCUCAGUUCCAUGACUGUGUUUCCCUUCUUUUUGUUUUCAUGUCAUUAUAAUUUUGUUAUUACUUUUAUUUUGUGCGGUUUAAAAUGUCAAAAAAGAGCAUAAUGUACUUAUUUUUCACGUCCAUGCUCUGGCACGCUGACCCCGGUGACCCCUGACCCCGGUAUGACUGAAGCCUCGCUUCAUACGGGCUUAUUGUUGGCUGUAGCAUCGCCUUAUCCGUGGGUUUUGCAUAAUUGGAAAUGCAAAAGCGACCAUCAGCACAUAGUCCAGCGAUCUGACUGUGUGUGUGUGUGUGUGUGUGUGUGUGUGUGCAACAUGCUGCCAUUCAGAAAUACAUUUACAGCCACACUAACACAUCCUCUUUCUUUUCUCCUCCACCAGGAAGUCGUGAUCCCGGUUCUGAAACGUCGCCAGCUUCCCGGCGCCGGACUUCACUCACUGAACUCCUCCUCGCCAUGACGGACAGCACGGACGCUCCAACCCGCCCGGCACCGGACCACCGGCAGCUUCGCUGAUUCCGGCCUUCCCAUUGGUUCACGGCAAAACGGCCCUCGGCUUAAGAUGAACUUUGCCAACCAGAGCUGUAAAAGCGUUGAAGACUUCCAGAUGUACCAGCACCAGGUGUACGCAGUGGUGUACAGCUUGAUCUUAGUGCCGGGCCUGCUGGGUAAUGUGCUGGCGCUCUGGGUGUUCAAGGUUUACGUCAAAGAAACCAAGAAGGCCGUGGUGUUCAUGAUGAACCUGGCCGUGGCCGACCUGCUGCAGGUGCUCUCCCUGCCGCUGCGGAUCUACUAUUACCUGAACAACACCUGGCCCUUCGGCCACUUCCUCUGCAUGAUCUGCUUCUACCUGAAGUACGUCAACAUGUACGCCUCCAUCUUCUUCCUGGUGUGCAUCAGCGUGCGCCGCUGUGAGCUCAUCAUGCGUCCGCUCCGGUGCAACACCUCCAGGCGGAGGGCAGACUGGUGUGUGUGCGGCCUGGGCUGGCUGCUGGUCGGCCUGUGCUGCCUGCCCUUCCCCCUGAUGAGGAGCCACGGCGGCGGCGGGCCCGCCUCCAACUCCUCCUCCUCGGUGUGUUUCUCGGAGCUGCCCACGAGGGACGUCGGCGUCCCGGCGGUCUGGGCCCUCCUGGUCCUGGCGGAGCUGCUGGGCUUCAUCAUCCCCCUGGUCCUGGUCUCGGCCUGCACCUGCCUGACCGCCGGGAGCCUCCGGGGGGCGGCGGCGGUCGCCGUGCCCGACCGCGGGGAGAAGCGGCGGGCGUUGAGGAUGGUGCUGAGCUGUGCGUUGGUGUUCCUCGUGUGCUUCGCCCCGUACCACGUCACCAUGCCGCUGGACUUCCUGGUGAAAGCCGACGCUCUGGGCAGCUGCGCCCUGAGGGAGCUGGUCCUGCGCUGCCACCCCGUCACGCUCUGCCUCGCCAGCCUCAACUGCAGCCUGGACCCGCUCAUGUACUACUUCACCACGCACGAGUUCUGGAGGCGGCUGGGCAAGCCGGAGAGGCCAGAGAGCAUCAGCCUCAGCCGGCGGCUGUCCUGUAUGACUGGGGGAGGGGACUCCGAGGGACUAGGACACUAGGACACUAGGACUCAGAGGGGGACUAGGGCACGAGGACUCAGAGGGACUAGGACACUAGGGCUCAGAGGGACUAGGACACUAGGACUCAGAGGGGGACUAGGACACGAGGACUCAGAGGGACUAGGACACUAGGACUCAGAGGGGGACUAGGACACGAGGACUCAGAGGGACUAGGACACUAGGACUCAGAGGGGGACUAGGACACGAGGACUCAGAGGGACUAGGACACUAGGACUCAGAGGGACUAGGACACUAGGACUCAGAGGUACUAGGGCACUAGGACUCAGAGGGGGACUAGGACACUAGGACUCAGAGGGACUAGGACACUAGGACUCAGAGGGGGACUAGGACACUAGGACUCAGAGGGACUAGGGCACUAGGACUCAGAGGGGGACAAGGACACUAGGACUCAGAGGGGGACUAGGACAUGAGGACUCAGAGGGGGACUAGGACACUAGGACUCCGAGGGACUAGGACACUAGGACUCAGAGGGGGACUAGGACACGAGGACUCAGAGGGACUAGGACACUAGGACUCAGAGGGGGACUAGGACACGAGGACUCAGAGGGGGACUAGGACACGAGGACUCAGAGGGGGACUAGGACACAGAGAGGGACUAGGACACUAGGACUCAGAGGGGGACUAGGACACGAGGACUCAGAGGGGGACUAGGACACUAGGACUCAGAGGGGGACUAGGACACUAGGACUCAGAGGGACUAGGACACUAGGACUCAGAGGGACUAGGACACGAGGACUCAGAGGGACUAGGACACUAGGACUCAGAGGGGGACUAGGACACGAGGACUCAGAGGGGGACUAGGACACUAGGACUCAGAGGGGGACUAGGACACUAGGACUCAGAGGGGGACUAGGACACUAGGACUCAGAGGGGGACUAGGACACGAGGACUCAGAGGGACUAGGACACUAGGACUCAGAGGGGGACUAGGACACGAGGACUCAGAGGGACUAGGACACUAGGACUAAGAAGGGGACUAGGACACAGAGAGGGACUAGGACACAGGGUGGGACUAGGACAUGCGAUUGUGGUUCAGUUGUUAGCAGGUCCGUCCUUCAAUCCCCGCCCUAGUCGAUGUGUCCUUGAGCAAGACACUUAACCCUGAGGUGCUCCCUGUAGCUGUGUCUACGGUGUGUGAAUGUAACAUGAUUGUAAGUCGCUUUGGAUAUGUAAAAGGAUACAGAGGGGGACUAGGACACAGAGAGGGACUAGGACACAGAGGGACUAGGACACAGAGGGCUGCCGUCAGCCGGUUCUCUUGUUGAAGGACCAGCUGUUGAUCUCAACCACUAAACCCUGAGAUAAAGACUUUGCACCUUAAGACCUUGAAGAGAUGGGGUUGCGUCUCAAAAUGUGAUUUUUCUAUGUAUACUUCAAUAAAAAGUUGCGCCUG